AUGGCCGAGGUUGGGAGCUAUCUGGGACCCCUGGACUCAGACAUACACGCCGUUUCUCUUGGGAAUAUGCCCGUGCUGGCCCAGGCCGACUCCCCCGGGUUCCUGAGCGAAAGGCUCGGGCAGAUCGAAGGCAGGCUGCAGAGGGGAACACCCACCGACUUCGCCCACCUCAAAGGCAUCCUCCGGCGGAGGCAGCUCUACUGCAGGACCGGCUUCCACUUGGAAAUCUUCCCGAACGGGACUGUCCACGGGACCCGGCAGGAUCACAGCCGAUUCGGAAUUCUGGAGUUCAUCAGCUUAGCGGUGGGACUGGUCAGCAUCCGUGGGGUGGACUCGGGACUUUAUCUGGGGAUGAACGAGAGAGGCGAGCUCUAUGGGUCGAAAAAAUUAACAUCCGAGUGUGUUUUCCGGGAGCAAUUUGAGGAGAACUGGUAUAAUACCUACGCAUCAACUUUGUAUAAACACUUAGAUACUGGGAGACAUUAUUAUGUGGCUUUGAAUAAAGAUGGUUCCCCACGGGAAGGAUAUAGGACUAAACGGCAUCAAAAAUUUACUCACUUUUUACCUAGACCCGUGGACCCUGAAAAAGUACCGACAUUAUACAGAGACCUCUUGAACUAUAGUUGA